CACAAUUUCUUUCAUGAAAGUGGUCACAUUACCUAUUUUAAUCCAUUAUGAAACAAAAAUUUUUAUUUCAAAAUGCGUCGUUUGAAUAACCUUGUGACUAUUUUUGUGGCAAUAGCUGCCUUUUUUUUUGGCAGUAUUAUCACAAAGAUACUGAUUCUUGUAGAGAAAUGCCCAGCCCAGCACAGUAAACACCAUGUAGCGACGCAUGCAGACAUCUUUCUUUUGGUUCUCGUUCUAAGCAGUCCUCGCAACAUAGAGCAAAGGAACACCAUUCGCGACACAUGGCUUCGACUAUCUCAUCAGCAUCUUUAUCAUUCCAAUUUUCCUGAAGAUCUAGUAUAUCUACCUAACUAUGGACCCAAUGGUCAUUUGGAGAUGGAGUUGGUUGAACAUCAGGCAAAAAGUCUGAAAGACUAUAUUAACUGGAAAAAAAACAUGCGAAAUUUUAUUUCCCCUAAAAGUGGACGCAGAAUUAAAGUCAAACAUAUGUUUGCUAUCGGAACGAUGCAGCUGGGUAGCACUAUACAGGACGAUUUAGUUAAAGAACAAGGAAAACAUAACGACCUACUGUUACUGCAACAGCACUACGAUACUUACUACAAUCUAACUGAAAAGAUUCUCCAAACUCUAAAUGUUCUUACACAAAAUUUUACAUUUUCCUAUCUUAUGAAAGUUGACGAUGACACAUAUGUAAAAGUCGAUACGCUAAUAAAUGAACUGGUGUCUUAUGACAUCAAGUUACUUCGUAAAAAGCAAGAGUAUGGAACUAACCCUCUACCUCAACUCUAUUGGGGCUAUUUCAAUGGCCGAGCAACAAUUAAGCUUCAUGGUCAAUGGAAGGAGCACAAUUAUUAUUUAAGCAAAAACUACUUGCCAUAUGCUCUUGGAGGUGGAUACGUUUUAUCCCGCAAACUAUGUGAAUAUAUUUCAAACAGCUCCAAAUUUCUAUCACUGUACGCAUCUGAAGAUGUCUCUAUUGGAACAUGGUUGGCUCCAUUGCGCUAUGUUUAUAGAAGGCACGAUCCCCGGUUUGACACAUCUUUUUUACCGAGAAAAUGCAAGUCCUAUCACUUAGUCUUGCACAAACGCAGUACAGAAAUGAUGGCUCAAAUCUUUAAGGGUAAACUAUGCAGUGGAAAUGGUCACAGCUCAAUUCUUGAAUACUACUAUGACUGGACAACAACUGCUGACAAAUGUUGCGACAGUUUAGUACCUUAGCAUAGGGAGUAAAAUUUCUUUAAAACCAAAUUUUUACGAAAAUCGCUGCAUACCUGUGUU